GUCAAAAGUCACGCUUUGCUGUUAGGGAAAAGGCCGCUGAAAGCCCUGCUGGUAAAUUUCAGGCCGCAAUUUUGUUAUUGGUCGGUAUGCAAUUACAGUACUAGAGUAUUACCAAUACACGAUUAUCGCUAGCUGUUUAGCGUGAUAUUAUUUAAUUUUGUGUAAGUUUGUAGAUAUACAGCCAACUAGCUAGUCUGGUUGCUUAUAUUGUUGGCUAGGCAGCUAGCUAACAUUAGCCAUAGGCGACCAGCAAGAAAACGAAAAUGAGCUCAACGACUAACGUAAUUCAGGUGACAAAUGUGUCUCCAAGCACAACCUCUGAACAGAUGAGAACACUCUUCGGAUUCCUGGGAAAUAUCGAGGAGUUGAAGCUGUUUCCCCCCGAUGAUUCUCCCUUGCCUGUGACUUCACGUGUCUGUUUUGUAAAGUUCCUCGAGUCUGAAUCCGUUGGCGUAUCCCAGCACUUGACUAACACAGUCUUCGUGGACAGAGCCUUGAUUGUCGUCCCAUUUGCUGAAGGUGUAAUUCCAGAUGAAUCAAAAGCUCUGUCACUUCUGGCUCCAGCUAAUGCUGUCGCGGGAUUGCUACCAGGAGGAGGGCUCUUGCCCACUCCAAACCCAAUGGCAUCUAUGGGAGGUGUUCCUCUCGGUGGUCUCGGAGGCCCCAACAUGGACCCCACUAUGGCAGCUCUGGGGAUGCCUGGCCCCAACAUGAACCCCCAGUCCCUGUCUGCCGACCAGCUUCUGAAACUGAUGACCUCUGUGGAUCCUAAGUUGAAUCCAAUGGCGGCAGGACUGAAUCUAAACCCUGGCCUGAAGGCCGAUGCAGCUAACAAGGAGAUCGAGGAAGCCAUGAAACGGGUCAGAGAAGCACAGUCACUCAUAUCAGCAGCCAUUGAGCCUGGAAACAAGAAAGACGACAAACGGAAACAUUCAAGAUCCAGGUCAAGGUCACGACGGAGGAGGUCUCGCUCUCGUUCCAGACACAGGCGCUCCAAGAGCCGGUCGAGACGACGCUCUCGCUCCAGGAGCAGGAGGAGGUCGAAGAGUCCCAGGAGGAGGAGGUCUCACUCAAAGGACCGGGGCAGACGCUCCCACAGCAGGUCCAGGGACAGGAGGAAAGAGGAAAAGGUUCGCAAGCGCUCCAAAACGCCGCCCAAGAGCUACAGCAGCGGCCGGCGAUCUCGGAGCAUCAGUCGAAGACGACACCGGAGGAGCCGCAGUGCCUCCCGAUCGCCCCGUCGGAAACUAUCCAGGUCCCCCUCACCCAGAAGGCACAAGAAGGAGAAGAAGAAGGACAAGGAGCGGGAGCGAGACAGGAAGGACGACCGCGACCGCAGCCGAGACAAACGGGAUCGCUCGCCCAGCAAGAAGAAGAGCAGGGACAAGGACAAAGAGAGGGAGCGCAAGUCCGACAGUGAGAAAGGCGACGUCAAGAUCCUGUCUGUUUCUGAUUGCCAGGUGACCAGAGAUUACGAUGAAGAGGAGCAGGGUUAUGACAGCGAAAAAGAGGAAGAGGAACGAGACAAAGGCUCCGACUCUGCCCACUCGCCCCAAUCCCAGGAGCCUUUGCAGGAGAACGCCGAGGAGGAGGCGGCCAAGGGUUCGGAGGGUACCAGCGAGGACCAGCAGGACGAGGACAUGGAAAUGAGCGACUGACCGCCAGCCCCCCGUCACCUCGACAACCACCCUAUCCCCACCCCCCCCCCCCCCCACUACCCCUUUCUCAACUCCUGGACAUGCAGGCAAACCUGCCGUCUUCUUACAUACCAUACCUUGCGCUUUUGGGAUUUUUAGAGCCAGUGAUCUCUUUCUCCCUCGUUACCAUGGGGAGGAUACCAUACUGUUCUACUGUAUAUCUUAUUAUUAGUAAGUUACCUUAGAGCAUGUUCAAAACUAUUUGCUUAUUUGUAUAUUUAAGGAUGAAUUACAAAAAAAUAAAAAAAAGUAAAAAAAAAAACGGUUAUGGUAUGGUAGAAGAAAUGUGAUUGAGUUUAUAUAAUUUGUCAGUGAUGAGGGUGCGAGUGAGCAGUACUCAUUCACGCUAACUUCUUGUAGCCUAUGAGGGGCCUUUCAUGAUUGAAAGUGCUUCUGUGUUACUCAUCUUUAGACUGUAUUAAUUAAAACUUCACAAUGGGGCAACAGGUGAUGUCCUCUGGACAGUCUAGGUGGUUUGAGUUUUCUUUAGGUUCAAUGCGUAAGUAGAAUGACCUGGUAACGGUCUCAGCUUUUCUCAGAUUGAAUGGAUCUUUUUGGCUUUUGUGUUCUUCUCCUACCAUUUCCUGUUUGUAAAAAUGAAUGGUUGUUAAUUAGGUAGCACUCAUUGCAACAUGUUUUACCAUGAAAUUAAACUCAAUUCAAAGUA